AUGCCUUCUCACUUCGAUACUCUUCAAUUGCACGCUGGUCAGCCAGUCGACAAGCCAUACAAUGCCAGAGCACCACCGAUUUACGCUACUAGUUCCUACGUUUUCAACGACUCCAAACAUGGUGCUCAAUUGUUUGGAUUGGAAACUCCUGGUUACAUCUACUCCAGAAUCAUGAACCCAACAAACGACGUAUUUGAGCAAAGAAUUGCCGCCCUCGAAGGGGGUAUUGGCGCUUUGGCCACUUCAUCUGGUCAAGCGGCACAAUUGUUGGCCAUUGCCGGUUUGGCCCACUCUGGUGACAAUUUCCUUAGUACGUCUUACUUGUAUGGAGGUACUUAUAACCAAUUCAAAGUUGCUUUCAAAAGAUUUGGUAUUGAGGCUAGAUUUGUCAAUGGUGACAAGGUUGAAGAUUUCGCUAAAUUGAUUGACGACAAGACUAAGGCUAUUUACUUGGAAAGUAUUGGAAAUCCAAAAUAUAAUGUCCCCGAUUUCGAGAAAAUCGUAAAGUUGGCCCAUGACAAUGGUAUUCCAGUUGUUGUUGACAACACGUUUGGAGCUGGUGGAUUUUUGGUCAAUCCUAUCAAGUAUGGGGCUGAUAUUGUUGUUCAUUCAGCCACUAAAUGGAUUGGCGGACACGGCACCACUAUUGCCGGUGUUGUUGUAGACUCUGGUAAAUUCCCAUGGACAAAGUAUCCUGAAAAAUUUCCCCAAUUUUCCAAACCUUCUGAGGGGUACCAUGGUUUGAUUUUGAACGAUGCUUUGAAAGAAAGUGCUUUUAUUGGUCAUUUGAGAAUUGAAUUAUUACGUGACUUGGGUCCAGCUUUGAAUCCAUUUGGUUCAUUUUUGCUUUUGCAAGGUUUGGAAACUUUGAGCUUGAGAGUCGAAAGACAGAGUGAGAAUGCCUUGAAAUUGGCUAAAUGGUUGGAGCUGAACCCACAUGUUGACUCCGUUUCCUAUGUUGGGUUACCAUCGCAUGAGUCACACGAGUUGGCCAAAAAGUAUUUCAACAAUAAUGCCAAAUUCUUUGGUGGUACCUUGUCAUUUACUGUCAAAGACAUUGAGUCAAACUCAUCUGAUCCAUUCCAAGAAGCUUCACCAAAGGUUGUUGACAAUUUGAAAAUUGCUUCAAACUUGGCAAAUGUUGGUGACUCCAAGACUUUAGUCAUUGCACCGUACUUUACUACUCAUCAGCAGUUGGAUGAAGAUGAAAAGAAAGCUUCUGGUGUUUCAAAGGGUUUGGUCAGAGUGUCUAUUGGUACUGAGUUUAUAGACGAUAUCAUUGAAGAUUUCGACCAGGCUUUCAAGAAAGUUUACGGAAAUUAA